AUGACGUCGGCCAAAGAUAUCCGUCCUCGCGGCGACGACCAGGCCCAAUUCCUGUCCACCUCUCCUUCCACCUCCUUCCACUCUCCCUCGAGCCACCAAUCUGCGCUCAAUCGCGUCAACAUUCCGGUCAAUGUCAAGCACCUCAAGCCGUUCGCCACCGAAGACAUCAAGGUUCUGCUCCUCGAGAAUGUCAACCAGGCCGGUCGUGAUAUCCUCAAGAAGCAGGGUUAUCAGGUGGAAUUCCUCAAGUCAUCCUUGCCCGAGGAUCAAUUGAUCGAAAAGAUUCGCGAUGUACAUGUGAUUGGUAUCCGUUCCAAGACCAAGCUGUCCGCUCGUGUCCUCAAGGAAGCCAAAAAUCUCAUUGUCAUCGGAUGCUUCUGUAUCGGUACCAACCAGGUGGAUCUCCAAUAUGCCGCCGACCAGGGUAUCGCCGUCUUCAAUUCCCCCUUCAGCAACUCACGCAGUGUCGCCGAGUUGGUCAUUGCGGAGAUCAUCUGUCUUGCUCGUCAAUUGUGUGAUCGUUCCAGCGAAAUGCACAAUGGUACCUGGAACAAGGUCAGCAACAAAUGCUGGGAGAUUCGUGGAAAGACUCUUGGAAUCGUGGGAUAUGGUCACAUUGGCGCGCAAUUGUCCGUCUUGGCCGAGUCCAUGGGUAUGUCGGUCAUCUACUACGAUGUUCUCAACUUGAUGGCUUUGGGAACAGCCCGUCAGGUGGAGACCUUGGAGCAGCUUCUGGGUCAGGCCGACUUUGUGACCUGCCACGUCCCUGAGCUGCCCGAGACCAAGGGCAUGUUCGGUCAGCAGCAGUUUGAGCAGAUGAAGCAGGGUAGUUAUCUGAUCAACGCCAGCCGUGGCACUGUCGUCGACAUCCCCGCCCUUAUCGAGGCCAUGCGCAGCGGCAAGGUGGCCGGUGCGGCGCUGGAUGUGUACCCCAACGAGCCCGCGGGCAACGGUGACUACUUCAACAAUGAACUCAACUCUUGGGGUGCCGAUCUGCGGGCACUCAAGAACUUGAUCCUGACUCCCCACAUUGGAGGAUCCACCGAGGAGGCUCAGAGUGCCAUUGGCCUGGAGGUGGCCACGGCGCUGACCCGCUAUGUCAACGAGGGCUCGACCCAGGGCGCCGUCAACAUGCCCGAGGUUUCUCUGCGUUCUUUGACAAUUGAUGAGCCCAACCACGCUCGGGUGGUCUUCAUUCACAAGAACAUUCCUGGUGUGUUGCGCCGAGUCAAUGAGAUUCUCGGCGACCACAACGUCGACAAGCAGAUGACCGAUAGCCGAGGCGAUGUGGCUUACCUGAUGGCCGACAUUAGUGAUGUCAACACCACACAGAUCAAGGAGCUUUACUCCAGCCUCGAGAGUCUUUCUUCCCGUAUCAUGACUCGCAUCCUGUACUAA